CAUUUCAGAUCUGCUCAGGAGACCUGGUGUACCACCAUGCUGGCCGCAAGGUUUGUGUGUCUCCGGAUUCUUCCUUCCAGAGCUUUCCACCCAACUUUCACCAAGCCCUCUCCUCUCCUAAAGAAUUCCAUCACAAAGAAUCAGUGGCUUCUAACACCUAACAGGGAAUAUGCCACCAAGACAAGAAUUGGGAUCCGGCGGGGGAAGACUGGCCAGGAACUCAGAGAAGCAGCAUUGGAACCAUCAGUGGAAAAAAUCUUUAAAAUUGAUCAGAUGGGAAGAUGGUUUGUUGCUGGCGGGGCUGCUGUUGGUCUUGGAGCUUUAUGCUACUACGGCUUGGGAAUGUCUAAUGACAUUGGAGCCAUUGAAAAGGCUGUCUUUGUCUGCCUUGGCAGUGACUAGAACUCCUGCUCUCAUGAAUUUUAUGAUGAGAGGCUCUUGGGUGACUAUGGGUGCAACCUUUGCAGCCAUGAUUGGAGCUGGAAUGCUGGUACAAUCAAUAUCCUAUCACCAGAGUCCAGGCCCAAAGCAUCUUGCUUGGUUGCUACAUUCUGGUGUGAUGGGGGCAGUGGUGGCUCCUCUCACAAUACUUGGGGGGCCUCUUCUCAUCAGAGCUGCCUGGUAUACAGCCGGCAUCGUCGGGGGUCUCUCCACCGUGGCCAUGUGUGCUCCCAGUGAGAAAUUUCUGAACAUGGGCGCCCCUCUGGGAGUGGGCCUCGGGGUCGUCUUUGUGUCCUCACUGGGAUCUAUGUUUCUUCCACCAACCACGGUGGCCGGUGCCACUCUGUACUCAGUAGCAGUGUACGGGGGUUUAGUUCUCUUCAGCAUGUUCCUUCUCUAUGAUACCCAGAAAGUAAUCAAGCGUGCAGAAGUAACACCAGUGCAUGGAGCUCAAAAGUAUGAUCCCAUCAAUACGAUGAUAGGAAUCUACAUGGAUACACUGAAUAUAUUUAUGCGAGUUGCCACUAUGCUAGCAACUGGAAGCAACAGAAAGAAAUGAAGUGACUCCACUUUUUCUGGCUUCUCAGAUACAUCAGAUACCUUCACUGUUUAAUUGGGAGAAAUGUGCAUUAAAUAGUCUGUACAAGCAGCUCUCAUUGACGUUUAGAAGAUAAGAACAUGCCAACGUGUUUUAAAUGUUCCAGUAUAAAUGGAUGCUUUAGGUCUGCUAGUUCUGCUGCAGAAUAAAUUCCCUUCCAAUUUGCACACACAUUUCCAAUUCCAUGCUUGAGUAAUUGUAAAAUCUCUUAGUGAGUAUGAAAACUAAGGUUUUAUUAUGAAAAU